GAGUAUAGGUGAUGGGAUUGGCCCCAAGGAAGUCUAGGCAGAGCCACAAAACUAUGCUGUUAGGUAAGCUGGGGUCUCAGGUCAGGGAGAUGGACAGGACCGGGGAAGGAGGGACGGAGCUUCCCACCCCUGGCUUCAGACACAUUUAACCCCCCUUGCUUACCCACUGUCAGGGGCAGAAAGUCUUCCUGCCAGAGAUGAUUCCCACGAAAAGUGAUCUGGAGGGUGUGAGACCCAUGGAGAAUUUGGUGAAUUUAGAGAAGGAUAUGAUGGAAGACAGACAAGAGGCAGCAGUACUCACGUCUCUAGACCCUCCGCUUCCCAGCAGUCCCGGAGACUCGGUGAAGACAGAGGGGGAGCAGAACCCGCAGGAAGGAAUUGGUCUGGAGCGUGUGGAUGUCCGUGACGUGCCUCCCACCCACGUUCCGGAGACACAGGCUUUGAGUCAGCGUCCAAAGAGAAGAGAUUCUGGGAAUCCAGGAGGUGCCCCCAAGAGAAAAAGGGGCAACACUCCCACCCCCCAAGAGGAGCCUCAAGAAGGAGCCAUGUCGUGGGACACAGGAGAAGUCACCAGAUGGCACAGGUGCCAUUCAGUGGGUGCACCAAGCACCGUGGAGCCAACUGGUCACCCUGUUGGCAAGGAAUCCAGGAGGAAGACACCCUAUGAGUGUGAAGACUGCAGCAAGAGGUUCAGCUACAGAUCACAGUUAGAACUUCACCUGAGGACACACACAGGAGAGAGACCGUUCCAGUGCCUUGACUGUCCCAAGAGGUUCACUCGGUUCUCAGACCUCCGUGUCCACCAGCGGAUCCACACGGGGGAGAAGCCGUUCUGCUGCACAGUCUGCCAGAAGAGGUUCACUCAGUUCUCGCACCUCCACGUCCACCAGCGGAUCCACACGGGGGAGAAGCCGUUCUGCUGUACAUUCUGCGAGAAGAGGUUCGCUCACGAGUCCACCCUGCGUGACCACCAGCGGGUCCACACCCAGGAGAAGCCUUACCAGUGCGCCGUCUGCCAGAAAAGGUUCAUCCAACGCACGAACCUCAACAAACACAUGCGCACCCACUCGGGCCCGAAACCCUACCUGUGUCCCCACUGCCACCUGGCCUUCCGCCAUCAGGGGACAUUUAAACGCCACCAAAGGACACAUGUCAACGAGGCGCCUCCGGGACUCCCGGUCCCUUCUGACCAGGAAGGAAACUAA